GCUUGCGCGCUUGGUACAGAGGCGCUUGAGUCAGUCCUAGACAGAGGAACAGAAUUUUGAGCGCACACUUUGUAAGUUUCGACUACCUCCACAAAUAUUAGCGUCACACAGAGGGACCUUUUUAAGGGGAAACUGUCAGUAUCACUGAGGGGGACGCUGCGUUUGGUGGAAGGACGGCUAACUAGAAUGACAGCGGUCAGAAUGGUGUCGUCAGUGCUGCUGCUGGUGCUGAUGCAGUCCGGUGCCCUUUGCGCACGGAGGUUCCGGGGUGGCCGCAACCCACAACCGCGACGCGCGGCGCCUCCUCCCACCUACCGGGCGGACCGGGGGGACACCACGGAGAGCUUCCCUCUGGAUUUCACCGCGGUGGAGGAGAACAUGGAUAACUUCAUGACUCAGGUGAAGAACCUGGCGCAGUCCCUCUACCCGUGCUCGGCGCAGAAGCUCGACUACGACAUGAAGCUGAACUUUUUGGAGAAUACAUCAGUCACCUGCAACGACGGAAGCCCUGCCGGGUACUACCUGAAAGAGUCCCGGGGCAGCAGGCGGUGGCUGAUAUUCCUUGAGGGUGGCUGGUACUGCUUCAACAAGGAGAACUGUGACAGUCGAUAUGAGACCAUGAGGAGGUUGAUGAGCUCAUCCAAGUGGCCCCAAACAAGAACAGGGAUCCUGUCUCCAUUGCCUGAGGAAAACCCUCACUGGUGGAAUGCAAACAUGGUGUUCAUUCCAUACUGCUCCAGCGAUGUAUGGAGUGGUGCUACAGCCAAGACAGAGCAGAGCGGCUAUGCCUUCAUGGGAUCGCUGAUAAUUCAGGAGGUUGUGAAGGAUCUGUUGGGGAAAGGGCUGGAAAAUGCAAAGGUUCUGCUCCUAGCAGGAAGCAGUGCGGGUGGUACAGGGGUCCUUCUGAAUGUGGAUCGGGUGGCCGAGCUGCUGGAGGGACUGGGGCACACCGGGAUCCAAGUACGGGGCCUCUCAGAUUCAGGCUGGUUUCUGGACAACAAGCAGUACCACUGCACAGACUGUUGGCUGUUUGAUGAAGCCCAGUUGACAGUGGACAACAUCCAGCUGACCGGCCAGCCUGUGCAGGAGGGCCAGUGGCGCUACAUCCAGAAUCUGGGCACCGAGCUGAGGAACACACUUAAAGACGUCCCGGCUAUGUUUGCUCCCGCGUGCCUAUCACACGAAGUCAUCACCAGAAACUACUGGACAGACAUUCAGGUGAAAGGAACCUCUUUGCCCCGAGCGCUGCACUGCUGGGACCGCAGCCUCCACGACGGCAGGAACAACAAGGCUCCGCCCAAAGCCUGUCCGGUGCACCUGAUCGACAGCUGCCCGUGGCCCCACUGCAACCCCACCUGCCCCACCAUCCGGGACCAGUUCACGGGACAAGAGAUGAGCGUCAUUCAGUUUCUCAUGCACAUGGGCUUCGAUGUGCAGAAGGUGGCCCAGCAGCAGGGCAUGGACCCCAGCAAGCUACUGGGCAUGCUCAGUAGCGGCAGCUAAAGGGCCAUCCGCACAAACCAAUACACACUAAGCUAAAAAUCAAGCAGAGCUGGUUGACCUCCCUGGCCAGUUUACCUUGACUGAUACCUCCAACCACUCACCCAUUUUUUCACCUCCCACUUUAUCUGUAAUAGACCCUCCUCUCACCAUUAGUUUACUUUUGUCCAAACCUCAUUCUGCCAAGGUGCUUCACUUAUAUUCCACCAUCUCUUUGCUGGAGAUGAGUCCAGACUCAACAUGUUGGUGUCUCAAGGCACAAAUCUGUGCUGCUUCAUUCUCAAAAGAGCUUCAUUUUUUUGUAAGAUAUAAAAACAUAUCAGUUUUAAGGAUUAUAACUGAUGUUUGCCACUGUUAUUUUCAUACUUCAGUAUAGACAACAUUUAGUUAAUGCAAAUAUCCUACACUGAGUAACGUACACACAGAGAAAUAUCAGAGGAGAAAAGCACUGGAUGGAGAUGGAACGUUCAUUUAGCUCUGAAGCUAAAAAAAUCUGAACAAAUCAUGAACAAUUGCAAUAACUACCUUUCUAACUGUUGAAAGAAGAAAAAAAAAACUAAAUUAUGGGCAGAUAAUGUCUACACUUCAUUCUAUUGGGGUUAUUUUAAGGACAGCCACAAUAAGAAGAUGGCAUACUUUAAUUUCGGUGGUGCUGAAGAUGUCAUACAAAUAUUUUGACAUCCUUAAAUGGUGCUAAAAUGGACUUGGUAGCCCCUCACCAACAGCUAUAGAAACAUCACAGUGCCAUUACAUCUAGACUGCAGGUUACAUCAUUAUUAGAGGACUGUUAAACCUCACAUGUCUUGUUAGCUCACUUCUGUGGCUCAGCGGUCCUCAGAUUCAAUGCAAUGAGCAUGUAAAGGGAGACAAAUAUUGUGUAUUGUAUAUUUUUUGAGUAUUUGUAUAGGUUAUUUCAAGUGUUCACUUUUGUAACUCCCUUCUUAUAUUUCCUUAUAGAGAUCACGUUUUAAUAUAAUGACAAUGUUGUAUGUAAUGAUGUCUUUAUUAAUUAUGUUUUUAAAGGACCUCUAUUCCGCAAACACACCAGAAAAGGAGAAGUAUUACUAAUUGUAAUUUUAUUCUGUAACAUAUUUUUAACAGAAGAAAAACUCAAGCUACAUUGGCAAUUUACAUAUUUAUUUUGUUAUGUAAAUCAUAUUUAUAAGUGCUAUUUUCACAGAGAAGUGAUUCUUUGUAAAUUGUAAAUAUAUUGCUGUUUAUCUCUUUGUGUUAAUUGCAUGUCUUUAUACCAGACUGAGAAGAAAAGACACAUUACAUAAACUAUAAGAUC